UCUUAUCAUACUUGUAACUUUUACAUAAUACAUAUUCACCAUCUCAUGAAUUUUAUAGAAAGAAUUGCUGGAUCAAAACGGUACAAAAUCCCUGGACAAGGAGCUUAAUGAAGAAAAUGUAAACAACGCUAAACAGAUAUUUGUGCCCGUAAAUGCAGAAAGAGUGCACUGGAUAUUGGUUGUAAUGGACUUUGAUAAACACAAAGUGCAAAUCCUAGACUCCUUUGCUUCAGAGACUUAUCUUGUCCCUGCUUAUAAAGUGGCAUCACAGCUGGAGUUGUAUUUAAUGACCAAAUUCAACCUGCAUACUGGCUAUCCUAAGGAGAGGGACUUGAAGUUGGAAAAACAGAAAAACAUAAAUGACUGUGGGUUUCAUGUCCUCUUAUACAUUCAGCGCUAUGGGCGCAGUGACAUGUAUAAAAUUGAUACGGAGCAAAUUUUAUGUUACCGUAAGCAGCUUGCUUAUGAGCUCAAGCACGAAUCCAAUGACCAUCCUUCCACAUCAACCUUGAACCUUGAUGAUUCACCCCUACAUGUGUAUUCAGCAAGACCCCCACCAGGAAGAUCAACAACCUCCCCAUCUGUGUCAGGAAGCUUAAGUGCAACAGAAUCUGACCCUUUGGGCGCUAAGAAGCAGUCUGCUGAGGAAGAGGGCACUUCGAGCAAUAGAUUGGUGCCUAAUGAGAAGGAAGAGGGCGCUGCAGCGCACACUAAAAGAAAAGGAAGAAGGACUGAGAAGGCUGUUGGAACACCAGUUGUGUCACAACGCCCAGACACUGGAGCUGCUGCACAGGAGUUAUGCAAUCUUCUCUUAAAAGCUGACCCUAACAGUGAAAGCAGCAAUCUGAUCUCAUUUCCCUCACUGAAGAUGACAAUAAAGGAAGGUGUUACCUUCUUGAGAGAUGGCUCGGCCACCAUCGAGAUGCUCAGAGAAACAAUUAAAAUCAUCAGGGGUUUCGAAGCCAAAAAUCCUAAUAGAUACAAGAUAAUUGUUGGUCCUAUGGACAUGUCCACCUUGGACGACACUGGCAGCGAGGCCUUCAAGGAUGCAGUGAAGACCCAAAUGGUGGUGCCUAGCAUUCCACAGGAUUGUAAAAUGGUAUUCCUCCCUGUCAAAAAAGGUAGCAACUGGUUAGUCUAUUGCAUUAAUGGUGUCUGUAAAAGGAUAGACUACCUGAUCUGCAGCUCAAAUGAGGAACCGAUGGCUGCUACUGAAUUGUGUAAACCACUCUUGAAGGAAGUAGACUUCCAUGGUAGAAAAAUGUUUGGCUUUAUGGACUGGUCACCUGCAGUGGUUCCUUUGGAGAAGAAAAUCUCUUCAAGUGAUACUGGCUUAUUAGCCAUGUAUUUUAUGGAGAAGUACAAUGGAAAACAGUUCAGUCUGGAAGACAUAGAGACCUGGUCAGAAAGCUACAGGAAAUCUCUUCUCUAUCUGCUCUUCAGUCAGCGUGUAAACUCCCCCAGCAAGAAGCUUAAGGCGCUCGAGCAGAUGACAAAGAAGAUGAAAAAAUAAGUGGUGGACAAUCACUUAUUGAGCCACCUAUGCAUAUCACUUAUAGUAGCCCCUGAGCAAGAACAUUAUUCAUGUAUGUGUUUGAUGUAAGAACAAUGCCACUAGGGGAAGAUGCUUCUCCAUGCCACUAUUGUUUUUUUUUCUUAUUGAACUCAGUAGUUUUCUGUAUGAACUUCCGUUUAUCAGAU